AUGUUAGCCAACCGCGUUUUAUGUCAUACUUCCUUCCGAACAGCUUCUACCCAAGAAGGCGGCGAGCGACAAGAGCUGCUGUUGAGAGCGCUCCGAGUGGCAGCCCCUAUUGGCGACACGGCGGGGCAGCUCGCCAGGGCUGUUGUUGAGGAUGAUGUGCAACGGACUCAAGUUCCGUCGCUGCUGGUGUCGGCCAAUGGUCUGCAUACGGCCCUGGUCCAGGCUCUUAUGAGGCUCAGUGGCAGUUCCUUCAUGGAGAAGGAGACAUCAAUGCUCGUGAAGGAGGUGGAGGCCAUGAAGCCUUCACCCACAUCCUCGGGGACGUCUUCCUCCAUGCAUGUGGCAGUGGAGAGCUUCCUGAAGAGCAUGAUCCACAGCCUGCGAGUUGGACAGGCUUUGGUGCAUCCAUCGCUUGCAUCUGUUUGCCAUCUGAUCUACGCGGCAGCCGAGGUGAAGUUCGGGAUUUUGGCGGCGCAAAACGCUGUCGGGACACUCCUUGUAAGCAGAGUCAUUACACCCAGUCUUCUUCGGGUACAGCGACCGGAUGCCGGCGGAGCCUCGGAGCGAGUAUCGGAGUUGUCACGCCUUCUUCAACGAAUUGCCCAUUUUGCCCAUCAUGAUGACGAGGCGCGUGGGCAAACACUUCCAGACUUGAACCAGGUUCUCAAGCACGUUGCAUCCCUUCGAGAACUU